AUGGCAAACAACACUCAAUACGGAGGCGAUCCUCUCCCCGAUGUGGGCGCCACCUAUCCCUCCCAGAACAACCAAUCCAAAUCCGGCGAAGACGACUGGACAAAGCGUCCGCCCUACAGCAUCCGCUCUCCUGAGGAAUUCGGUCCUGUGAAAUGGCGUGGGAAAUGCCAAUGCGGCCAGGUGACUUAUCAAUUGAGCCGGGACCGACCAUUGAAGUCUAAAUUCUGCCACUGUCGGGGCUGUCAAGUGACGCAUGGCGCGCCAUUCCAAUGGGCGGCUAUUUUCCAUAAGUCUGAUCUCGCUUUUACGAAGGGAGCUGAAGGCCUGUCGUUCUAUUCCUCCACGAAUGACACCCAGGAGUAUAAGCUUCCGACUAAGGUGUAUUGUUCUUAUUGUCGAUCUCCUAUUAUGGAUGAGGGACGGAAUGUCUGCUUGAUGUUUCCGCAGGCCAUCGAGAGCGCUGAUUAUGAUGAACAUCGACAGCACUGGCGCGAGGCGUUUGAACCAGAGUGCCAUAUUUUCUACGGCAAGCGAGUCCUGGAUAUUCCAGAUGGGAAGCCCAAGUGGUCGGGUAUUGAUGAGCAAAGUGAUCUUUUGGAUGAGCAAGGGCGCAAGAAGGAAUGA